UUGUGAAAAGCUCAUCGGAACGGUACAUUAAUAAUUGGGUCGCACUCGGAAAACCUUACCUUCCGAGGUAUGGCAAACUUUCUCAAUGAUAACGAACAGACGGUCUUGCUGGCAGCACAGAGCCGUGCCGGCGAAACUUUUCCGUGAGUGAGCUGCUAGAGUGAAUUGCCAAUAGUACAGCGUCUACAUACGGUACGGGUGGUUGCAUGCGUCACGUGGACAAAGCGCACGUGCUCGAAAUGGUCCAGUAAACAAACAUCUCCCGAAAAAAAAAAAGAAAAACAAACAAACCACCUCAGAGGCCAAGUUCAUUAGCAAAGGCAGAUUACACUUUCAAUUGUCAGAAUUCGAACACCAAAUCAACUGAUCAUCGUGUCAUCUAACAAUAAAUACAAUGGCACCGCCUGAAACUGGUUCUAGUGUCGAUCCAACGACGGCAGAAGCGACGGAAUCCCUUGCAGCGUCCAAGACUACUGCUCAGCCUAGUGCAACAAACUUAGACUCUGGUCCUGUGCAAGCUUACGCUAAACUGGAAGGAGAUGAGUUUUGUUAUUAUAUAAGAACUUUACAAGUCACCUUGGGCCGAAAAGGAUCAAAAAACGAAAAUGUAGACAUACCGCUUGGAGCUACAAAGUCAGUCUCUAGACAACAUGCUCGUUUGUUUUACAACUUUACGACACAGCGAUUUGAAAUGAUGGUUUUCGGAAAAAAUGGAGCCUUCGUGAACGAGCACUUUGUUGAAAAAGGUGUUACAGUUCCCCUGGAAAAUAGAACCAAGAUUCAAAUCGGUGAAGUGGCAUUUCUAUUCCUACUACCUCGAAUGGAUCUGGAAGAGCCACCACAAACAGAAAGUAUGGGUUAUAUAGCCACGCCACAGCAGCUUGAAAACAAAACUUUCGGUCAAAAGAAUACAGCGAACGGAGCUGAUGCUGCUGCCAAAGAGGAUAGUGUGGCAUCGGACGAGAUGAAUGAUGUUGACAGUCAAUACAACAACAAGGACACAAAACCGCCGUAUUCGUAUGCAUCACUAAUUGCACAAGCCAUCAACUCAACCGUCUCCAAGAAAAUGACGUUGAAUGGAAUAUACAAUUAUAUAACAACACAUUAUCCCUAUUAUCAGAUGGCACAGAAUGGCUGGCAGAACUCUAUACGACAUAAUCUAUCGCUCAACAAAGCGUUUGUCAAAGUUCCUCGUGGGGAUAGCGAGCCCGGAAAGGGAGCAUUCUGGACCAUAGAUUCUGCAGCAGAGAGUCAGUUUACCAAUGGAGUUUAUAAACGUAAUCGAAGAACGGGUUCUAAAACGCCAACACCGACAAGCUAUGAUACGAAUCCUUCCAAGAGAAAGAUCAAGAGGGAGGAUACGGAGAGUGAAGACCAACCUGCCCCCAAGAAGGCGCAGACCGAAGCCUCAGUGCCCACACCCCCUUCAUCGGCAAAUACAACCGCUACCACCAGCACAACCACUACAAAGGCAGCUCCUGCUCCUUCCACUACUGCUAGCAGUACGACUACAAAAGCACCAGCUGCAUCCAACACAUCAACACCGGCCGUCAGCGUUACUUCAGCAUACCCAACUCCACAGAGUAUCCAGGCACAGUUGCAAGUCCAAUUACAAAAUACCAUUCGUCAACACUUGCUGGAUCCUGUACGGCAUCCUUUACCGGCAUCAAUUGCCCAGCUUCUUCCUCAGGCUAUUGCACAGUUACCACCACAACUGGCAAGUCAGCUAUCAGCGACAUUACAGUCGGCGCUUCGUCAAGGGGCUGCUGCUAAUAAUGCUAACAAAGCCACUAACAGUGCGACCACCACAAAUGCAACUACUCUGGCCAAAGCAAACACAACUUCUGCAACCACAGCGACCGUUACUUCUGAAACUGCCAAGUCCAAUAGUCCUACUGCUACCGCACCGAAAUCAUCGACAAAUAAUACUUCCACUUUGGAGAAAGCUCCCAGCACCACAAACGCCUCUUCAUCCCCUGCUCCUGUCAAUUCAACGACAUCAUCUCCUGUACAGCCAUCAGCCUCACCGAAAGCCGCGGAACCCGCAUCCGAGGUUAAAGAAGAGGCCGAAUAAGUGUACAAAAG